CGAGGGUUAUUUAUUUACAUUCGCUGAUCGCACCUCUCUCUCUCUCUCUCUGUUCGCUGUUCAUCUCCACCGGAGAGUAACCGCUGUCGCCACCGUUCGUUGUGCCUCCGUCACCGUCGCUCCGUUUAUCGUGCCUCUAUCGCCAUCGACCAUCUCUGUUCAUCCAAUCUCGUCCAUCAGCUGGUUGCCGUCCUUCCGUGGUCGCGCUCCUUGUUCGCUCCAGGUCUCAUCAUCAGAUAUUCAGAUCCAGUUAUGGAGGAGCAAUUCAUACUUAGAGUUCCUCCUAGUAUCGCGGAGCGGAUAGAGCGUCUUUUAAAUGAAGGCAAUGAUGCUUCUUCAUCUUCCGAAGACAAGUCAUUAGAUCUGUCAUUUUCCGAGGAUGGUAGAAGUGGCACCUUUGUAAUUGGGAAUGAACAUUUUCCUGCAUCUCUGUUGGACCUUCCUUGUGUCGUUGAAUCCUACAAAACUUAUGAUGAUAACUCUUUGAUUAAGACUGCAGAUAUUGGGCAGAUGAUUAUGGUGAGGGAAUCUGGUGACGCAGCUCCUGAUGUAAUUGAGUACAGACAUGGCCUCACCCCUCCCAUGAGAGAUGCCCGCAAGCGUAGAUUUCGCCGAGAACCUGAUCUCAAUCCUGAGCUUGUCUCCCGUGUUGAGAAAGAUCUUCUCAAAAUUAUGGCAAGAGGAACAGCUGACAAUCUUGAUGUGGAAGCAGCUGAGCAAGAUGAAGGGGAUGAGAAUGCUCGAGGUGUCAGGAAAAAACCUGCACAAACACCUGCACCUAAAAAUGAUGUUCCGGAAACACACACAAAUGCUGGAGAGCCUGACAGGAGUGACUCUGAUGAAUCUGAUGAUUCAGUUUGAUCCAAACUAGCUACCAAAGAAAAUUUGCAUCUUUGGCAACCUUGUAUAUUUUAUUUUUCAUGCUAUAUUUGAACUUCGUCCACCAUCUUUCUUAUAAUCAGAUAUAAAUGGAUUUGCCAUCCUACAUUGUGUA